AUGCCUAAGAACGCCGCUCAACAAAAGAACACCGCCGCCGAGAAGGGCAAGAAGGCCGAGGCCCCCCCUGUCAACGCCGCCGCCUCGGGAUCCGGCGCUCGAAAACGACCGGCCCCCUCGACCGAGGCCAUUCCCCCGCCCACUACCUCCCGGGAAAUUCCUCCCGCCGACUUUCAGGUGAAGAACCUGCUCGCGCUCGCCGACAACGUCCCCGCCCCCGAGAUAUACGUUUGGGAUUCUCGAUUCGGUACCGUUCAGGCGUGGUGGCGGGAUAUUUCGUCCGUGCAAAAAGUCUGGGCCGGCAAGCGAGGGAAGAACAAGGGUGAGUUUCCCGCGCUCGAACUCGACCUUGAGUGGAAGGCGAUGCGGUGCUCGACGGGGGCAUAUGUCGUGUGGAACGGGGAUGACGCCGCGCUUCACCGCUGGCUUAUUCAAGAAGAGGAUCGAAAGCUCCUCCCCGUCCCCCCCCCCAACGAGUGGAAGGAGUUGACGACUCCCGGUCGAAGCGGUGACUUCGACACAACCCAAGCUUCGGCUUGGCUUGGCAAGUGGAAAGGCGGCUGGCGCCUUAUUUGUCCUUCUUGCAAGGAAAAAUACGGGACGGCUGACGGCGACGGUCUGACUCUCCCGGAAUAUCUCUCGGAGCAAGUUCCCCCGGCGAAGAAGAAUUUCAUCGACCUCCGCCAGAACGAGCUCCCGGAUGAAGCUACCGGGCUUCAGAUCGACUCGAACCCCCUGAUUCUCGCCUGCUCGUACGGUGGCGUCGGAAUAUGCCGGUCGGCGCAUCCCCUCGAUCCCGGUUCAGCGUUUUCGUCCUGCGGGCCUUGCAAGUCGGCGGGUACCAAAUGUAACGGAGGCCUCGGCGACGAAUGGAACUUCAACAUCGACGAUAACACGGUCGCCGGAGUUCUUCGACUCGCAAAAAUCGUUCUCCUUUUCGCGCAGGGAAUGAAAUGGACGACUCGCGCGGCCCGGGACGAGCAGGGCGAAAAAGCGUUCGAAAUUCUGCGAGAGGGAAUUUGCCACGGACAGCAAGGCCUGGCGAUCGAAGGCGAGGACCCUCCCACGCACGACGCUACGCCAACCCCUGCGAUCGUCGAGAUGCUCAAGACGUUCCCGAAGAAGGAACAGGGGAAGGGAAAGGGGAAGGCGAAAGCCGAGUAA